AUGACAAAAGAAGUGGCCGACGAGAGGCCGAUCCUAGUGCCAAAUUACAGGCGGAUGGAGCAGCUCACUCAGUUACGUCUCCCGAGGGUCCGAAAGGCCCGGGUUUGCAGAAGAAUCCUAUCCGAGACAGGCCAAACCAUGAAUUCCGUCCUGCUCCUCCUCUGUGCGUAUAAUUACCCGUAUCACCCGACCGUGCUCCAAAGAUUACGCUCUUAUGAAGACAGCAUGGUCGCGCUGAUGGAACAAAUGAAGAUCCUGCGGGCAGAGGAGCGCACGCCUCACCUGUGCGCGGAGGAGAUUCUAUGGCGGCGGGUGAGCGAGGAAUUGAAAUUGCGAAGUGUGCGAUCCACUAGAGGAUAUUGGGAGGGUGUAAUGGAGGAGAGGUCAGCACCUCGAUAG